GACGGAGGCACACAAACAAAACCCCCAAACACAAGCCAUCUUUCCACCGGUUUUCGAAUUCCCAUUUUUUUAUUUCGAUUCUACUCUCUCAAGCUCUCUUUCUCGCUUACCUGCAAAUUUCGAACUAUCUCUUCGUCUUCUUCCCUGUUAUUUUUCUCCAAUUCUCUCUUCUAGCAUCAAAAACUCUACCACCAAUACAUAUAAUACAUGUUCGUUUCUCUCUACAACUCAAUCGAAGCCGAGCACUGUCAUCUUUUUGUUCUUGUUUUUGGUUUUAUUUAUCCUCUGAGAUCUGCUUCACUCCUUGCACGUUUUCUGUUGUUUCCCCGGUAAAAUCCGGAGCAGUGGAAAGUAUGAAGAGGAUAAGAGAUGAUGUUUAUGGUGGUUCUCAAUUUAAACGGCCCUUUGGUUCUUCUCGUGGAGAAUCGUAAGUUUCUCCCUUCCGAGGAGGAGUGGGAGUAGGAGGGGGUGGGAUUGGGGCCAGCUCACAGAAACUGACGACCAAUGAUGCCUUGAAUUAUCUAAAAGAAGUGAAGGAAAUGUUUCAGGAUCAAAGGGAGAAAUAUGAUAUGUUCCUGGAUGUGAUGAAAGACUUUAAGGCGCAACGGACUGAUACAGCUGGUGUAAUUGCUAGAGUUAAGCAACUAUUCAGGGGGCAUAAUAACCUAAUAUUUGGGUUUAACACCUUUUUGCCUAAGGGAUAUGAAAUAACCCUCGAUGAGGAUGAAACUCCGCCGAAGAAAACAGUUGAAUUUGAAGAAGCCAUCAAUUUUGUAAAUAAGAUAAAGAAGCGUUUCCAAAAUGAUGAGCAUGUCUAUAAAUCAUUCUUGGACAUCUUGAAUAUGUACCGGAAGGAGCAUAAGGACAUAGAUGAAGUUUACAAUGAGGUCGCAGCCCUUUUUGAUGAGCAUCCAGAUUUGCUAGAUGAAUUCACUCGAUUUUUACCAGAUGCUUCAGCAGCGGCUCGGGCAAAUAAUGCUCCAUACAACAAAAAUUCAGUUCAACGAUACAACGAACGGACCUCUGCUACACCCACACUGUGGCAAAUGCAUAUGGACAAGCAACGUCGAAGGGAAAGGGUUGUUGGUUCACAUGGUGAUCGUGAUGUCAGUGUUGAUUGUCCUGAACCUGAUGAUGACAAGGCAAUUAUAAAAAUGUCAAAAGAUCAGAGAAAGCGUGGAGAAAAGGAGAAUAGAGAUAGGAGAAACCGUGAUCUGGAUGAUAGAGAAGUGGAGCAAGAUAACAAUAGAGAUUUCAACUUGCAGAGGUUUCCUGACAAAAGGAAAUCUGCUGUCAAGAAGGUUGAAGGGUUUGGAGGCAAUUCUAACUUUGCUUCCCAUGAUGACAAAGAGAACUUGAAACGUAUGUAUAAUCAAGCAUUUGCUUUUUGUGAGAAAGUGAAGGAGAGGUUGAGCAGUGUGGAUGACUACCAAGCAUUCUUGAAGUGCCUUAAUAUUUAUAUCAAUGGAAUUAUUAAAAGGAGUGAUUUACUGAAUUUG